AUGAUUGGCGAACUUUAUGCCGUACCCAACCGCCCCGCGCAUCUCCAACCGCGUGGUGCCUCACGCAACAACAGAUCUGGAACUGAUGCUGAUGCCCUUGAGCGAUUCAAGAUUAGGGAGAUCUGUGAGGGAUACCCACUAUACCGGGAUGUGUCCGAAUGGGAGAAUUUCCAAUCCCUCUUCCAUGAAGACGCGUAUGUUGCCACGUCCAUGUCUGAGGGCCGCAUAGCCGAUCACAUCGCGUUGAUGCAAGGCCACAAGGAGAACAACCCGCUUUACGUCAUACAUCACGUCCUUGGCCAAACAGUCGACUUACAGAACAACCGGGCUGUGAGUCAGAUGAAGAUAUUUAUCGUCAUUCGGCUGGAGAUCGACGGUGUGGAAGUGGAUUGCGAAGUUGCAGCUCGCAUGUUCUUUCUUCUCGAGAAAAGAAGUGGACAAUGGGGAAUCGUCUUCUUUACCGUCCUUUACGAAUCUGACAAAAUGAUCCCCGUCAACCCAUCCAACGGCAGCUUAAACAUUCCCGAGCACGAAACAAGAAAAUUCCCAUCGUAA